UUUCUCUCGAGUGUGUGUGUGUGGAGGUAAGUCAGGUGGGGCAGAGUGUAAAUGUGCGUCUCGUGCAGCAAGAUGUUUGCCAUCCAGUCCGCUGGAGAUGUGCUUGCAGUGAUCACCAAUCGACGAGAGCAAAAGCAAAGACAUAAACAACAACAACAACAACACGAAAGAAACAUGAGACCCUCGUAUUCAGUGCAUAUUGUGCUCUUAGUGUUAGGAUAUUUAAUAAUAACCGAUGGUUUGGAGCAAAAGUCGAGGGUGAAGAAGACGCGCGCCCCGCCGCCCCCAGAAAACGACGUCGACUACAACGACGAACUGGACGAGAGGAACAAUCCGUUGAGUUCGAGCUACGUUCCACCUGGAUUCCUCAGCCCUUCGGUGCAGGAGUAUUUGGAGCUGGGCAAAUCCAUUCCAGGUCGACCGGGAACCGAUUAUCCCGUCCUCGGAACGGUGCCGUACACGAACUUCUACUGCGACGAGCAACCCUAUCCAGGAUUCUACGCGGAUCCAGAGACCAGAUGUCAGAGCUGGCAUUACUGCGACAUCGACGGAAGACAGACGACCUUCCUGUGCCCGAACGGCACCCAAUUCAGUCAAGCGGUCUUCGUCUGCGACUGGUGGUUCAACGUCAGAUGUGACCUGAGCACAAGACUGUACGUGAUCAACAGCAGACUCUACGGACGUCCAAAACUCGACCCGACGAAGCCUCAUCGCUCCAUCACCAAGCAACUUUUAGAAGACAUCUUCAACGAUUGACAUCACUUACAACUUAUCUCUCUCUCCAACUAUCUUAUUAUUUAUUUCCCAACUAUAUUACGUAAUGUUUAAGUAAAAGGUGUAUCUCUUAAGAUCUAAAGUAACAAA